UACUACUGCUCCUCCAGCAAUGGUCACUGUUACCAACGGAGUCACACUCACCUACUGCCCAAAGUGCGAGGAGGCAUCAAAAUCCUCUGCCGCUCAAGUCACUCCUUUCACCACAAUCUGGACAACAACUUAUCUUUCUCUCUGCACGACGGGUACAUCUCACGGUAUGGUACCAGUCACCUACACCGUGACGGAAUCCUGCAGUGAGCCUACCCCAACUUGGACACCGGGCCCAAGCUACAUCCCUCCAGGCUUCACCACUACCGAAGUCGUCUGCCACCAAUGUGCCGACACUCCUCAGACCUACACCGUGACUCAACCUUGCGAAUGCGAGGCGACUCCUGCACCUGCACCUGCCAACCCUACCGGCUCUGCUCCCGGAGGUAAUGGCGGUAAUGGUGGUAACGGCGGCAACGGAGGCGAUGGUGGUUCUUCGAGCCCAGGAGGCAACGGCGGAAAUGGUGGAAACGGAGGCAAUGGAGGUAACGGAGGAUCUUCAAGCCCCGGAGGCAACGGCGGCAAUGGCGGAAACGGAGGCAAUGGUGGAAACGGAGGUGACUCUUCUCCCGGUGGCAACGGAGGAAAUGGAGGAAACGGAGGCAAUGGCGGCGAUGGAGGAUCUGGUAGCCCCGGCAGCCCUGGCACAUCUGGAACUCCUGGAGAUGCACCCAAGCCAGGCAGUGGCAGCCCAUCUGCCGGUAAUGUUGUCACCCAAAUCAGCGACGGCCAGAUCCAAGCACCAACUGGCAAGCCCGUCACUCAGAUCUCAGAUGGUCAGAUCCAAGCCCCCACUGGCGGUGCUGAUCGACCUGAGGGCCCUGCUACGACUCCUGCUGCUGGUAACGGUUCAUCUACUGUCACCAUGUCUUGCCCUGGACCUCAAUGCAAGCUCUCAACUUCUGCAUCGCCUAGCGGCACUGUACCUGCUUCAACUAGCCCGGUCUCAUUCACCGGCGCUGCCUCAAGCUUCAGCGUUGGUGGUGUCUUUGCAUCACUCAUAGCAGUCUUUGCUGCCGGGUUUGUCGUACUGCUCUAAGGAGAGAGUCGCAGUUGUUAGUGCUAAUAUGAGGUGGAAAGUCACGCUUUGCAUGGCGAUACGCCGACAACAUGUGUCAGGGCGUUCUACUUUCUUUCCAUUUUUUCCAAGUUCUUUUUCUUAACUCUUCCUUUUCUUUUUUUCUUCUGUCUGUCCUCACUAAUCCAUCUGUGUUCGGAU